GGUUAAAGGUAACUCGUUGCGUUUCACAUGUCUUAGUGUUUUCUUAAAUAGAUGUGCUAUGUUUCAAGGUAAUCGAUAUUAAUAUGGAGAAGAAACAGCAGCGUGAGAUUACCAAAAUGGAAAAACAAGAAAUCAAGUUCAGGAAACGUCGAAGUGAUAAGAAGCUCAAACGAGAUGGUAAACUUAAGAAAACCAAACAAGACGACCACUUGGAGCACAUUCCCUUCCGGCUCCGAGAAAUAUUGAGAAGCCAGGAGAGGAUGAAUGCAGGACUUUCAAGGCCAAAAAAGCAGAAAGGAAAUGCCCCAAAAAGCAAAGUGAGAGAUUCCCAGGAUGGAGAGAUACCUGUUCCAUGUUUCAGGAGGCAAAAAAACGAAAAUAAGAGAGCUUACCUGCAGCGCAUGGAGGACGAAACAAAAUAUGUCCGUUUCCUCAGCAAGAACCAAAUGGACAGAAAACCUGAGCUUGACGGAGACCAACAAGACAUGCCUGCAAACAAGAGGAAGUCUGACAAAAGGAAAGUACAUGACAGAGUGAAACUCCUCAGGCUACAGCAGAAGAAGUUGACCAGACAAGAGGCAAAGAUGGAAAAAGAAAUGUUUGUAGAUAAUGUUCCCUUUGGUGAGGUAUCAAUGGCACCGCCUUCUUUGAGCAUAAUUCCCAAGAAAGCUCAGCUUAAAGCUCAGAAAGGAGCAAAGAACUUGCUCCUAAAUUCUCUGCUGGGCCACACAGCCACAUCUGUGACUAAGCCUUCCAUGGCAAGGAAGAGAAUUAUGGAAGAGGAGAGAGUCCAUGCAGUGGAGGCCUAUCGACAUCUAAAGAAACAGAAGCAACAGCAACAUGAAGCUAGGACUGCCAAAAAGCUUCUGUGAUGUCAAGAAGUCCCCUGACAUGGGUUAGGUUUGCAUUUGUGAGUACUCGAUCAGAGUCUUUG